GGCCCUGCACUCUGUCCAGAUGGCGAACCUGCUUCCGCUGCCGCUGCCGCUGCUGCUCCCAGCGUUGCUGAUGCUGAUGGUGUCCCCAAGUCGGCUGGUGGUGGCCAUCUCCAGCGUCAAACCUAUCGGAUCUUACUCAAUUGACGUCAAAGAAGUGGGCAGCUGCGAAGAACAAGGAACUGCAGAGAUGAUGUUUGACAUCUAUCGUCGCCGAGACGAUUCCGACAUGUUGUUCGAAGGACACCUGUUCUUCAAAUACCCUUUCGGAACAGGAUUAACAGCAGAAACAGAGGUCCUCAGACAAGGCAGCAUGGGCUGGAGCAACGUGUACAGUUAUACAAAUGACGACAUCUGCCAUUCCAUCCAAAGCUUUAGCCCAGAAUUUUGGAAGUCCCUAAUGAAAGCGGCUGGAAUACCAGAUGAAUGUCCCGUACAGCCUGGCAACUACACAGUGAACGAGUGGAAGCCCCUGCUGGAUUUGGACAAGAUGCCGUCGCUCCCAUACGGCACCUACCGCUUAAUCAUCCAGCUGAAGCAGGGGACGGGAGAGCUGGUGGGCUGCUACCAGAUACUUGUGGAAGUCAGCGAGAAGGUGGACGCCUGAGGUGACGACUUCUUCUGGGCCGCCAACAGGUCUGCCGUAUUCUCCUGCGAAGAUCGUCCCCAACACUGAAGCAGACCUUGUUUACAUUCUUUUUAUAAAAAUUGACUUUCAUGUAUUUCUCGCUCUACCUUCAGGAGAACUACUAGCCCAAUAAUAAAAAAAGUGGCCACCUCACA